AUGGCUCCGCGAAACUCCGGAGGAGACUCAAAAGUGCCUCCACCUCCGGUCGCCGCGCCACCUUCCGUGGCGUUCCCUCCGGAAGCAAGCGCUCCCCCGGCAUACUGGACCACCAGUCUUUGUGGUUGUUUCGACAAUCCAUCGAAUUGCUUGAUCACCUGUUUUUGCCCGUGCGUCACAUUCGGCCAGAAUGCGGAGAUUAUAGACAAAGGAAGCACCUCUUGUGCGUUUGCCGGGGCUCUGUGCUGCCUGAUGUUCCACUUCUUUUGUUGUUCAUACUGCUACACAUGCACUUACCGGACCAAGCUCCGCAAACUCUACUCGAUCCCCGGCAGCCAGUGCGGAGAUUGUUGCUUACACCAUUGGUGCGGGCCAUGCGCUCUUUCUCAAGAGUAUCGGGAGCUCCAGAACCGCGGGUUCAAUCCCUCGAUCGGAUGGGUCGCUAACGCCGAACGAAGGACUCGACAGGUUGGAGUCAUGGUCCCUCCGUUAGUUCCCGGCAGCAUGAAUCGUUGA